AUGGCCAGUGGAUCCAGUGGGCUUAUAUCUCUAUUGCAGAAUGAACUGAUUACCUUGUCUGCUGAAGCAAAGAAGAAGAAUCCAGAGAUCAAAGAUGCUACUGAUAAGGCUCUUUAUGUAUUGAGGUCUCUUAAAGACAAGGCAGAGACUGAACCGGUCGUUCCAGAUCUGCAACAGACUGAAGAUGUAUUGAGGCCAUUCUUACAGGCAUGCGAGACAAAGAAUCCUAAAAUGGUGCCGCUGGCUGUUGGAAUGAUUCAAAAGUUGAUUGCAUCGUCUUGUAUACCAGAGUCAUGUAUACCGGAAAUCUUACAAAACUUGACCGAAGUCAUGAGUGGAGCCCCUGAAUUACAACUCAAAGUCUUGCAAACGGCCCUGUUACUGUGUUUCAAAUUGCAGACCACCAAAGACUUGAUUGUGAAUCAUGCUGCUGCUGCCACGCUUCGACAACUCGUUAUACAUAUAUUUGAGAAGGUCCAGAAGGCAGAUGCUACGUUUGCUCCUGAUGCUGAAUUGUGUGCUUCGGAUGCCAAAGCGCUGUUUAAUGAUAUAUGUAGUUUGACUGUUGGAGAUCCGGCAACAUUUCUCGCCUUGACUUCCUUGUCACGAAAUCUCGGUCUAGAACUUAUCGAAGCUGUACUGGCAGAUCAUCCAGACCAACUCAAAUCGAAUCCAGAGUUGAAUCAGACUCUUCGAGAUCGAAUUUGUCCCAUGGUUAUCAAGCUUUUCCCAGAAAAGAAUGAUUUUGCCCUGACAAUGAGGCUGAUGCGUAUAGUCAAAGUCAUUAUAUCAAAUUUCCAGCAAACUAUGGUCAUGGAAUGUGAAAUAUUCCUGUCUAUAUUUUCCAAGACUCUGGAGCCGGAAUUUUCGUUGUGGCAUCGCGUCAUGGUGCUAGAAUUAUACCGUACAUUUUGCAGUGACUCUGGACUUCUGAGGUCUAUAUUCAGAUCAUAUGAUGCCGCUCCUCAGAGUGUCAAAGUGUUUCAAGAAAUGGUCAAUGCUCUGAUGAGGAUUAUUGUCACUGAUGGAUCGACUCUCCUAGUUCAAAAAAAUCGCAGCAGUAUGGAAGGCCCACAGGCUGGAUCACCUCAAUCAUUAUCGGGUAACGAGGAGAAUAGCUUGUCGACAUCAUCGUGCACUAUGAGAAUUCCAUGUAUUGAACAAAUGGAUAAGGCAGAGCCGCCUGUCAUACCAGAGUUAUAUCAGAUAUAUCUUGCUACUCAAUGUCUUUUGGGAAAUGUCGAAGCACAAGCAUCCUUUGUCCUUCCUGUAAUACAGCUGACAGCAGGGCCAGAACCAGAUCCGAAAUACCAGGCUGAUAUUCUGCUGGCUAUUGAGAUGGCAAACACGUCAUGGGGCUCGUUCCUCACGUCAUUCUCCUUCUUGAUGAAUUCAUCUUUAGACGAUGACUUGUUUGGUCAAGUCGUGAAAGGGUUUACCAACUUCUCAUCAGUAGUCGGAUUGCUGGGUCUUGCUUCGCAGCGAGACGCCAUGCUUGUCUCGCUGUGUAAAUGUUGCGUGCCAGGUUCCUCUGCGGAAGCCAAGGAAGCAGGCAGCCGUACGAGCAAUCCGUCAUUGACUGAACGUAAUCUCGCAUGUUUACGGGCUCUUCUGACUGUCACGCAGACUCUAGCAACCGUAUUGGAUGAGAAUGGCUGGUUUGUAAUAUUAGAAACAAUUCAGAUUGCAGAGAGUCUGAUUCAGUCUGGUAAAUUUGGUAAACGAGCAACGAGUGACGGUAGUCUACUAGCAGAUUCGCCUAGCUUACCACUGCUACCUCCGCAUAUUGCCGCUGCUCUUCGAGGUAGAUCCAUAUCGAAUGCCACAUCGCCAACGACUAAUUCCGAAAAGAGUCCAAUGGUGGCGACCUCUAAUCCCGACGGUGUAGAAAACCACUUCCUCAGCCUUUUACAAAAUACCAGGAAACUCUUUGAGCUCAUUCCGCAUAUGGAAGCUCAUCCGUUCGCCGAAUUUAUAACAGGUCUUGGUAAAUUGGCUGUACAAUCCGCAACUGGUCUAGUUGCCACAGCUAGUAGCACUACAGCUCCUCGAGAAUUGGCACCUAGAAUCAAUGACGGAUCGUCAUUCCCCAUAAGUAAACUGCAUGACGUCGCUCUUCAAGGCGUAGCUCACUUAAUGAACCGUAACACUGAUGGUAUAUACGUCGUUUGGGAUCCAUUGACCAGUAGUUUGAUUGAAGUCAUACAUUCCAGCAGCACAUCAAACACACUUCGUACUCAAGCCUGUAGUACGUUGCAAGAAAUAAUAACUGCCGUCGCCGAGGACAUUGAUAUGUCUGAUGGCACUAAUGAGAUAAAGAUAGUAGAAACACUCAAGCAGCUCAUGAUUGUGAUGGAUGACGAUGCAAUCUCCAUGUCUGACGCUGAAUCGGAUCGGGCUAUACGAGCUCAACCGUGGUUUAUAGAUGUGCAGAAGAAUGGGCUUGACACACUGAACAAGAUCCUUCAGUUGAGUGGACAAAAGCUAUCCAAUAGUUGGUAUAUUGUAUUCCAGGUCUUGAAGAGCUGUAUGCCUCCUUCAAACCGUCAAAAGAGGACAACUCGGCUCCUAAAUAGUGAUGGUAGUAAUCCAGGAUUGGGCACUCCGACAGGCUCAAUGAUGGGAGUAGAAUUAGCAGAACUCUCCUUACCAACAACCCCAGCCCCAAAGACCGUAGCUCUUGUAAGAGUUGGCUUCCCAUCUCUGCAAUUUAUAUGUACAGACUUCUUGGGUCUAUUGGACUCAAAGACGCUAGUAGAGUGUAUAGAAGUUGUGGGACUGUUUGCCUCUCAGCAGGAUGACCUGAACAUAUCUUUGACGUCAAUUGGACUCUUGUGGAGUAUAAGUGACUUUGUCUUGCGUAAGAAGGAGAAGCAAGAACUUCGAAGAGACUCAGAGUCUGAUUCGACUCCAACUGAUCUCACAUCAGACAAUCCCGAUAAAGAUAAUCUUAUGGCAGCAGUUGAAGCUUCGCCCAUGUCAGAUUCGAUGUGGAAGAUAUUGUUGCAACAACUCUCAUUACUAUGCUCAGAUACCCGACCAGAAGUACGAAACAGUGCCUCUCAAAGUCUUUUUAGAACAGUCAGUUUGAAUGGCAACCGGCUUAAUUUAGAUGCUUGGAAGGAAUGUAUAUAUCAGGUCAUGUUUCCUCUUCUCGAACAUAUUCAGCUUUGUAGUGACCGAAUGGAUAACACAAAGUCGAGUGUAUCGGCCUCAGAAAAUCGUGGUAGUCUCUCUGGCUCACCUCUCAUUGGCUCACCCACGUCUGCAACAUCAGUGAAGAAUGCAGUGUCCAAGCAGUGGGACGAGACCAAAGUCUUGACUCUACAAGGAUUUGCCAAAUGCUUUAUCGACUUUCAGGAUGUACUAGUAGGAUUAGAGGAAGACUUUGCCAGAAUGUGGAAGAUGUUUUUACGAUAUUUGAAGCACUGGUGUUUUGGUGGUAGUAUGGACGUUGCAAUGGCAGCGGUGCAAAGUAUCAAAGCGAUUCUCUCACGACAACACGAGAAGGGCAGUAAUAUGGUUAUGGCUGAGAUAUUAUGGGAUACGUGGUGUGAUAUAGGCAUGGGUAUACUAGAAGUCAAAGAAGCGAGUGAUCCAGAUGCUGAAUCUCCUGUUGAGGAACCUGUACCUGAGGGGAUAUCCUUGCUACAAGACCCACUAUGGAGAAGGCCUACUUUCAGUGUCGUGCAAGGAUUCUUCAGUCAGGACGUAUUACAGCAAUUCGUCCACAUUUUCCCCGAUAUAUAUCGUCCAGUAAAAUGGACGUUCACUGCAGCACACUAUAAAAAAAUAUUCGACAUAAUGGCAGGCCUUGUGACGUAUCAUUCUAGACCCAUACCUGGCACUAGUUUGUCGAAAAUGAAGGCAGAUAUGGUCAAUGAUUUGGAAACGGCGACUUCACUGCAAGUUGCAAUUCUCGAUCAGAUAACUAUGUUGUGUGAUGGUGAUGCGACAUCGGAUUGGUCGCUGAAUGAACCAGAAAUGUGUAUCAUGUUUCUUGGGUAUCUAAGUAGUCUGCCGUUGAAUCCACGGGUGAUUGUUAUGCCUGGAAGUAUCAACAACUUAUCGACUGCUGCAGCGGAACCAGGUCGUGGAUUUACGUACAUUGCAAUAUCCAGAAAAGCUAUGAUUCAAUCAACUGUGGUGUUUGAAAAGUUUAGUACAAGGCUUAAGGUUUAUGAGACUGGAGCAACAACUAGACUAAUACGUGAUCUGGGAGAUGUAAUGAAACAAAAGUAUGAUUGUCCAGAAGUUGGUAAACGAGACACAACACCACUCUGGAAGUCUGCUGCCAAUGCAUGUCUGACCGUGUCGAAUCUGGCUUUGCAGAGUGUCUCUCAAUUCAUUGAAUCGAAAGAAUCUAGUUUUGAAAGUCAUGAGGAGCUCUUUGAUCAAGUUUUGAGCUCGUUUGAAGCUUUCUUCCUCAGUCCAACAUUACCAAGUCCAUCUGCGUCAGCCGAUGAUAUGGCAGCCGACGUCCUGUUUGAUCAAACGCUACUGACAAAAGUAGAAACUGAAAUCCUACCGAAAUUGAUUCCAGCCUAUGUAUCAGAUGGCUGUAUAAAACGGUUUGCCAGUAUUCUGAAACGAGCCGCCAAAAACGAGCUGGAAGAAAAGCCAUCCUUGAGAUCUGCAUCCAGUGAUUCAUCCAAGAUUGGUAAAUUGAGUCCAAUGUCGGCAUCGAGUAUAGAGGAUAUCAUCAAGAUCUCGCCAGAAAACAAUGAUGUCUUGUUUGAUCGAGAUGCUUUCAUAAAGGCCUCGUUUGUCACUCUCUGUCGCUUAUGCUCUAUGGAAGAGACCACGAAUGCACGUGUGGCUGGUAUUAUAGCGCCAAUGCUGGUUGAUGAUCUAGUUGAGAAUGCUUUGAGAGAGUUUAUAAAAGACCAGCUACUGUAUGGCAGGCUUACGCCUCUUCCAAAGUGA